CCAAAGCUUUUCAAUGUUCGUUGGGAUGCUCCAAACGGAUUCCUCAUCUCAGAUCUUGUUGAAGAUGGUUUUAUUACAUUUGAUGAUCACUGUUCACUACCUGAUAAAGAACAAUCUCAUAACUUUCAAAUCACUGAUAAUAGAUUAUACACAAAAAGUUCACUUAAAGAUUUACAAGGUCGAUCUGUGGCUGUUGUGGUACAAGCAGUAACAUCACAACGUAUCAUAGUUAUUAACGUGGAUAUUGUUGGGAAUUCAACUCCUCACUUUUCUGCCCAUACUUAUAUCACAAAGAUUCGAAGCGAUGCAUCGUCUGAAAUGCCUCUUACAUUUGAUCCCAAUAUUACAAUAGUAAAUGCAAUCAAUUCAUCAGAUUUAUAUAUUUCAGUCAUUUCAAAUUCCUCAAAUUUACCAUUUAAACUUGUUGAUAAGAUAAAAGAAAACACGCACUAUGCUGAGCUAUAUCUUUCACGUCGAUUGAAAAAAUCCGAUGGCAAUUUGCAAUCUUUUUAUAUUAGCGUAUUUGAUAAGCGUAAUUUGAUCCGUUUAACAGUAGCGCGAGUUGACGUAUUUAUUGAGCAAAUAUCUACAACUGAGCCAAAAUUUGACAGACCAAAGUAUUUGAAAGAAGUGGCUAGACUACCCCCUCAUGUUACAGUACUCAGAGUUAAGGCUAAGUAA